AUGCGUAAUUCUGAUUGUUCUUCAAUUGAUAAAGCUAUAGAAGAGCACAAAAUUAAUAUUCACAAUUACGAUGAAUUCGAAAUACUUGAAUCUGAUGAUGAAAAAAAAGUAUAUUUGAAUAUUGAUAAAACUAUAGAAGAAUACAAAAUUAAAAUACAUAGUUAUGAUGAAUUCGAAAUACAUGAAGAAUUUGAUGGUAAAAAAAAAGCAUAUUGGAGAACACUCGAAUGUAUUGUUGCACUGAAGAAUUUAAAUAUCGACGAAAAAAACGUUCAAGAGUCUAUAAAAAAG